UCCAACGCCCUAACCACUAGGCUACCCUGCCGCCCCAAUUCUCUUGAUGGCGUUAUGGAAACAGGUUUUAUUGGCUAAAUUUGGAAACUCCUAUCUUGCUGCAAAAAAAUAGAAAUGUCUCGUUUCAGGCCUUUUGGGCGGGUUUUGAGACAUCGUUUGUUUAGACAUUUGAUUUUGACCCUGGCAACCCUGCGUAGUAGGUUACUUUACCUGUGUGCAGGUAGCCAAAGUCGCAUCGGAAUAAGAACUUUCGACUCAUUGUUUGCUUGAGUAGUUAGGAUACAUCUAUGUGUUCGGAUUUAGACUAUAUGUAAGGUUGUCGUCCAUAAUUUAGUUUGUCAUUUGAAACAAUCCCGGAGCGUUCCAGAUGGAAUGAUAUCUGAAACGUGUACUUUCACUUUUACUUACUAGCAUACAGGACUGUCAAACUCGGACCGAAGGAAAUGGCAGGUAGCUUUUUUGGGAAAGUUAUACUGCUUUUGGUUUAUUUUCUCGUGGAGGUGACAGGUGAACAGCAGUAUGGUGGCCUGGGAAGAGAGAUCACCCUGACCCCCAAGGUCUCAGGACAGCCUGAGGACAUCCUGUGGAAACACAAUGGGAACAAGGUGGUGGAGUUUGAUGGGAGUCAGAAUUUUGAGUAUGGCAGGUUUAAAGGCAGGACCAUCCUGGACUGGGACUCUGGAGCGCUAACUAUCAAAGGUCUCACUGAUGCAGACAGUGGGCCCUAUGAGUUAGAGGCUGUCGUCAAGGGCAAGCUGCAGUACUCUCAACAUGAGGUGGGGGUUAUUGAUGAUGUGGCACAGCCCAGCGCAACCUGUGUGGUUGACACAACCCCAGAGAACAUGGACAGAACCCUGCUGUGCUCAGCUGACCUCCAGCCCCUGACCCAGUUCAUCUGGAGGAGUCCUGAGGGGUCAGAGAGUCCAGGACCUGAACUGUUCAUACCUGGGGGGGAGAACCAGGAGUCUAUCUACACAUGUGUGGUGAAAAAUCCUGUUGGUGAGAAAAGUGCAGAGUUCACCCUGAAGGACUGCUACACUGAGGAAGGCUCAUCCAGUGUCCUGGCUGUGGUCCUGUCCAUUGUCCUUCUCGUCUUAGUUGCUGUUCUGGCAUUUCUCUUGUGGUACUACUGGAGGAAAUGCAAGAAACCAGCUGAAGCUGCACUGAGAAAAUCUGAAGAGGAGAAAGGACUGAUGGAAGUUACAAAACAAGGAAACAAAGAUCCUGAGGAUGACCAUUCUGAGAACACUGGAAAUAUAACUUCUAUACCAAAAGGAAUGGUAAAAGAGCAGGUAGAGCUGAUAAACAAGCAGAAUGCAGAUCCAAAUAGGAAAUGGCAAACUAAACCAGCUGGAAGAAUUUUCUUUCCAACAAAAAUGACAGACACAGAGCAUGUACAGGACAAGCCCAAGCCAGGCCAACAAGACCUAGUCACACCAGACCACACCCAGGCCCAACAAGACCUAGUCACAGCAGACCCCACCCCUGCCCAACAAGACCUAGUCACACCAGACCCCACCCCUGCCCAACAAGACCUAGUCACACCAGACCCCACCCCUGCCCAACAAGACCUAGUCACACCAGACCCCACCCCUGCCCAACAAGACCUAGUCACAGAAGACCCCACCCCUGCCCAACAAGACCUAGUCACACCAGACCCCACUCCUGCCCAACAAGACCUAGUCACACCAGACCCCACCCCUGCCCAACAAGACCUAGUCACACCAGACCCCACUCCUGCCCAACAAGACCUAGUCACACCAGACCCCACCCCUGCCCAACAAGACCUAGUCACACCAGACCCCACCCCUGCCCAACAAGACCUAGUCACACCAGACCCCACCCCUGCCCAACAAGACCUAGUCACACCAGACCCCACCCCUGCCCAACAAGACCUAGUCACAGAAGACCCCACCCCUGCCCAACAAGACCUAGUCACACCAGACCCCACUCCUGCCCAACAAGACCUAGUCACACCAGACCCCACCCCUGCCCAACAAGACCUACUCACACCAGACCCCACCCCUGCCCAACAAGACCUACUCACACCAGACCCCACCCCUGCCCAACAAGACCUAGUCACAGAAGACCCCACCCCUGCCCAACAAGACCUAGUCACACCAGACCCCACCCCUGCCCAACAAGACCUACUCACACCAGACCCCACCCCUGCCCAACAAGACCUACUCACACCAGACCCCACCCCUGCCCAACAAGACCUACUCACACCAGACCCCACCCCUGCCCAACAAGACCUAGUCACACCAGACCACUCCCAGGCCCAACAAGACCUAGUCACACCAGAAUCCAAAGAAACCAAGCUAGGCACGCCCACACCAGAACCCAACCAGGAAACAGUUCCAGCUCCAGAGACAGCUCCAGGCCAAAAAUACCCAAUCACAACAGAGACAGCUUCAGGCCAAAAAUACCCAAUCACAGCCGAGACAGCUCCAGGCCACACAGACUCAGCAGGCACAACAGAGACAGCUUCAGGCCAAAAAUACCCAAUCACAACAGAGACAGCUUCAGGCCAAAAAUACCCAAUCACAACAGAGACAGCUUCAGGACAAACAGAAUCAGCAGGCACAACAGAGACAGCUCCAGGCCACACAGACUCAGGAGGCACAACAGAGACAGCUCCAGCCCAAACAGACUCAGCAGGCACAACAUAGACAGCUCCAGGCCACAUAGACUCAGCAGGCACAACAGAGACAGCUCCAGGCCAAACAGAAACAGCAGGCACAACACCCAAAUGGAUUCCACUAAAUGCAGAAACAGAUAAACCCAACCAGGACAUAGGGCACAAGAAGGCCCUGCUAGACCUGAACAAACCAGGUCUUAAACAGGAGAAUGAACUAGACCAAGAAUCAGACAAGCCCCAAGAGGAGAUGACAAACCUGUACACGGGAGAUGGUAAACAUGAGAGCGACUCAGGCACUUAAUGAUGAAUGAUGAAAAGCCAGAGAUAAAGAUCCAAGGAGAAGGACCGUACACAGCAGACCACAAAGACAAUAACCAAACAAAUCAACAUACACAGGAGGACAACCAGGACAUCCAGUCAGGGGAGUGAAGACAUAAUAAUGAUGUGGAAGAAUAAGGGAAAGGGCAAAGAGUAAGUAAUGAGGAGAACAGAGAUGGGAUAAUGGACCACAAUAGAUGUAUGGGUGCAAACACAGAGGAUGAUGGGGGAAUUGAAGUAGAGAUGGAGGAAGAAGGGAUAGAGCAGAAGGAACCAGACACAGAUAAAGAAGGAGAUAAUACCAACCAAACAUCUACUCAGAGUGAUGAGGAGCUGGAUGAGACACCCAUCACAGACCCCAAUGAGCAGCACAUUACCCAGACUACACUACAGGAUAGUCCACCGGGUAGUCCAGUGACAAUAAUCCCUAAUGCAAAUAACCCAGUAGAAUUAUGGGUAAGCUGUAUGACUUUAAAUCCACUGUUUUUGAGAUGACACUAAAGUUUGGAUAACAGGUCUCCACCUUAUUUUCUACUGAGGUUCUACCCUCAUACUGUUAGAAGAAAAACUCUGGUGAAGAAAAUGCUGAAUGCUACAGUGUAAUACAAGCAUUGGCAUUUCUUGAUUUUGGUUUCAUAGUUUGCAAACAGCAUUUUAUUCUCUAGUUAUGUUUCAGUUCUACGUACCUGUGGUAGCUAACAUAAUACAUUAUUUACUACAAGUUAAUACACUAUUUGUUAUUUUAGCUCAAUUUAAAUAAAUGUUUUAAUGAACCUUAACAUACUGUUAUUGCUAAAGAACUUACUUAGGCUACUGAUAUGCCAUCUUGAUGGGUUGUCAGAGGUCCUCAGUGACCAGUGUAAAUAAAUAAAUGUUAACAGAAUGAUGUGAAUAAAUGACUAGAACAAGCGGUUGUCACUCUGCAUCAUGUGGGACUAACAGCCCUCAGCAGUGGCCUGUAUUCAUGGAUGCCAAGGGAAGCCAGGCUUCCCCAACUAUUUAAACAAUCAAUAAAUACAAAUUCUCAAUUAAUUUUA